AUCUCCAAACCAAAAAAAAAAAAAAGAAAGAAAAAAAAUGGCACUGAGCAACAAUGUCAUCGGUGCCAUAAACUUUGUGGCCGUGCUCCUCUCGAUCCCCAUCAUCGGCACCGGAAUCUGGCUCAACUCACAGGCCGACAACGCCUGCGUCAAGAUCCUGCAAUGGCCCGUCAUCAUCCUCGGCAUCCUGAUCUUGGUCGUGGCUCUCGCCGGGUUUGUCGGAGCUUUUUGGAGAAUCCCGUGGCUGCUCGUGACUUACCUCGUCGCCAUGUUGAUUCUCAUCGUCUUGCUUGCGUGUUUGGUGGUUUUUGUGUACAUGGUCACCUUGAGAGGCUCCGGUCACCUCGAGCCAAGCCGCGCUUACUUGGAGUAUCGUCUCGACGACUUCUCCGGUUGGCUUCGGCGGAGAGUGAGAAGCUCCUACAAGUGGGAAAGGAUUAGGACUUGCCUUAGCUCCACCAGUAUGUGUGCUGAGUUGAACCAGAGUUAUCGCAUGGCUCAAGAUUUCUUUAAUGCCCACAUUAACCCCUUGCAGUCAGGAUGUUGUAAACCACCAACCCAAUGUGGAUACACGUUUGUGAACCCAACAUACUGGAUAAGCCCCAUAAACACAGCGGCCGACAUGGAUUGCCUCAAUUGGAGCAACGACCAGACACAGCUUUGCUACAACUGCGACUCCUGCAAAGCCGGUCUGCUUGCGAAUCUACGGAAAGAAUGGCGAAGAGCGGGUGCAAAAAGAGCGGUCGUCGUCUUGCUCAUAACCCUAAUUGCUCUUAUUGCGGUCUAUUUGUUAGGAUGUUGUGCCUUUAGGAAUGCCAAAACUGAGGAUCUCUUCCGCAGAUACAAGCAAGGUUACACCUAGAAUAAUUCAUGUAUUCUAAUUAAUUCUCAGGGACCAAAGCGGGGGGGAAAAAAAUCAAUAGUAAAUGUAGUCCGCGGUGAUCGUCAGAUUUUUAUCAAGUUCUGUCAUAUUCACGUGCUUUUCUGAAUUUAAUACAAUUUGAUAUGAUAAGAGGUGGAGAAUUCAUUUCCUAGGUGUUGUAGUAAUAUAUUGAGAUUUUAUGAAACAAUUCCUAUAUGUUUGCUGGUUGGGAAUUUGGAUGUUUUGUCGUUAUCAUGA